AUGUUCGGCGCGGGGGCGGGUGGUACCCCCGCCCCGGCCCCUUCCGGCGGAGCCGCCUUUUCCUUUGGCUCCGCACAACCCGCCGCAGCAGCGGCGUCUAAGCCUGCCGCCGGCGGCUUCAGCUUCGGAUCGACACCGGCCGCGGCACCGGCUUCCUCCGCAACGGCGGCGGCGGCCCCCGCCGGGGGCUUCGGGGGCUUUGGCGCGGCCCCCGCGGCUGCCACCCCGGCCCACGCCCCCGGAUCAGCGUUUUCCUUGGGCGGCUUCGGAGCUGCUGCUAGCGGCACCGCUCCCGCACCUGCGGCUUCGGGAACUUUCGGCGGCGGUGGUUUUGGAACGGCGAAACCCACCGCUCCCGCGGCGGCGGCGUUCAGUGGCGGGUUCGGCGGGGCGAAAACUGCUGCUUCUACCGCCGCCCCCGCUGCCGCGGGGGGCUUCAGCUUCGGGAAGAGCCCCGCUCCCGCUUCCGCUGCGCCUGCCGCCGCGGGCUUAGGUGGGGGCUUUGGUUCGGCCGCCACGGCGCCGGCGGCCACGACGUCCGUGUUCGGGGGAGGAGGAGGGUUCGGGGCUGCACCAGCUGCCGCGGCGCUGGCGCCUGCGGCCGCCUCCGGUAGCUUUGGAGGUACGGGGGCUGGCGCGGCGACGGCGGCGGCGGCGGGCAAAGCGCUUUCUUUCGGUGCCGCUGGAGGUACCGCUGCCUCGGCUCCUGCUCCCGCCGGUGGGUUAUGGGUUUCUCAAUGUUGGGGAGGGGAGGGGGAGAGGCCGGGAGGAUUGUACCGCUGUGAUGGAGACGCAACUGACUUCUGCCCAACACCUUAG